AUGGCCACGCCAGCUCCCCCCGAGGACCAAGCUCGUCUGCUUGAAGAUGCCCUGGUUGCCGUGCGUCAGCAGACUUCGCUGAUGCGCAAAUGUCUCGAUACUCCGGGCAAGCUAAUGGAUGCGCUCAAGUGCUGCUCGACCCUUGUUUCUGAGCUUCGCACCAGCAGCCUUGGUCCCAAACAAUACUACGAGCUGUACAUGUCUGUAUUCGACGCAUUGCGAUACUUGUCCGUCCACCUUCGCGAAAACCACCCUGUCAACCACCUAGCCGACCUCUACGAGCUUGUUCAAUAUGCCGGUAAUAUCGUUCCACGAUUAUAUCUCAUGAUCACCGUGGGAACCGCUUACAUGGCCAUUGAGGAUGCGCCCGUCAAGGAGCUCAUGAAAGACAUGAUGGAUAUGAGCCGAGGUGUUCAGCAUCCUAUUCGUGGACUCUUCCUUCGUUAUUAUCUUUCAGGUCAAGCGAGAGACUACUUGCCGACAACCGAGAGCGACGGUCCCGAAGGCAACAUCAGCGAUUCCAUCAACUUUGUGCUCACGAAUUUUGUUGAGAUGAACAAGCUAUGGGUUCGACUACAGCACCAAGGUCAUUCGAGGGAGCGCGAGCAAAGGAUUCGAGAGCGAAAGGAGCUGCAACUACUUGUCGGCAGCAACAUUGUUCGCCUAAGUCAGCUUGUCGACCUCGAAACCUACAAGUCCAGUAUUCUAGCGCCUUUGCUAGAGCAGGUGGUUCAAUGUCGGGACGUUCUCGCCCAAGAGUAUCUCCUUGAGGUGAUUACGCAAGUUUUCCCAGACGAAUUCCACCUGCACACAUUGGACCAGUUCCUUGGGGCAGUCUCGCGCCUCAACCCUCACGUCAACGUCAAGGCUAUUGUGAUUGGCUUGAUGGACCGAUUAUCCGAGUACGCCGAACGCGAUGGACCUGAGAACAAGUCGGAGGAUAGGGCUCAGAUGGAGGCCGAUGCUCUGGCGAAGCUGCUGGAGAAGGUUAAUCUUCAGAAAGAUACUCCCGCGGCCACACCUUCAGAUUCUAAAUCUCCUGAGGAUAGCAAACCAGCCGAUGCUUCUGAGUCUAGCGAGUCUUCCGAGGACACCAAGACUUCCGAAAGCGAGGAUGAAACAACAGCCAAAGCCGAAGGGAAUGAUGGCGAAACCACUGGUGAGAGUAGUGCCGACGAUUCCAGCACACUCGCCGAAUCUACCCCUUCAGUGGCCGAGACAGAAGCAACGGCUGUCAAUGGCCAAGGCUCCAUCACAGACAAGGUCCAGCUCUACGAGGUGUUCUUUGCUCAGGUUAAGAACCUAGUUGAAGCCCAGCAUCUCCCUGUGCCGGACAUCAUUGCUCUUCUGGUGUCACUUUGCAAUCUUGCUCUCAACAUUUAUCCCGAUAGACUUGACUAUGUCGACCAGAUUCUGGCUUACGCCAACACCAAGGUUCGGGAGAACAUGAACAACGCUGAUUUACACUCACCCCCCGCUCAGCAGAGCUUGCUUGCCCUGCUGCAAGCACCUCUUGACCAUUAUGUUUCUACAUUUACUGCUUUGUCUCUUCCUACCUACGUUCCUCUUUUCCAGUCGCAAUCAUACCCCACUCGCCGCGCCGUUGCCGGUGGCGUUGCUCGCACUCUUCUCAAAAACCAAACUACGAUCUCGACUACGGAACAGCUUGAGAAUGUGUUGGAAGUGCUGAAAGUUCUCAUUAAGGAGGGAUCUCAAGCACCUCAAGGUUACCCCGGUGUUAGCCAAAGGCGCCCUGUGGAGACCGACGAGACGAUGGAAGAGCAGGGAUGGCUCGCAAGGAUGGUGCACUUGCUGCAAGCUGAGGAUAACGACACUCAGUUUAAGCUACUUCAAAUGACGAGAAAAGCGUACUCGGAAGGAAACGAGCGUAUCCGUACAACUACACCUCCUCUUCUGACAGCAUGUAUGAAGCUGGCAAGGAAGUUCAAGAAGCGAGAGCACUUCGACGACAACUGGGAGACGCAGAGCAACGCCCUGUUCAAGUUUAUGCAUUCUGCACUGAGUACGCUAUACACGCGUGUCAACAGCUCUGGCGCUGCCGAGAUGGCGCUGCGUCUAUUUGCAUCGGCUGGUCAAACAGCCGAUCUGGUAGGUUUUGAAGAAGUUGCGUACGAAUUCUUUGCGCAGGCUUUUACAGUGUAUGAGGAGGCAGUCACAGACUCCAAAGCUCAAUUCCAGGCAGUCUGUGUAAUUGCGACUGCUCUUCACCAGACCCGCCACUUCGGCAAGGAGAACUACGAUACACUCAUUACCAAAUGUGCACAGCACGGAAGCAAGUUGCUGCGCAAGCCUGAUCAAUGUCGCGCUGUGUACCUGGCUAGUCACCUGUGGUGGGCAACUCCCAUUGUGGCCAAUGGCGAAUCCGAAGAGACAGAGCUUUACCGCGAUGGUAAGCGAGUGCUCGAAUGUCUUCAGCGAGCUCUUCGGGUGGCGGAUUCUUGCAUGGAGACGGCCACAUCGAUUGAGCUCUUUGUUGAGAUCCUAGACCGUUACGUGUAUUACUUCGACCAGCAGAACGAAUCAGUUACAACCAAGUAUCUUAAUGGACUUAUUGAGCUCAUUCAUUCCAACCUGGCGGGCAACCAACAGGACUCUGCGUCAGUUGAAAACAGCCGCCGACACUUCAACCAGACCUUGGAGAAUAUUCGCAGUCGACAGUACGAGGGUAUUGUGUUGACCCCGAACUGA